AUGUUUGAUCGUGGAAAGCAAGGUUAUAUAAUGGCAACACAAAUUGGACAAAUUAUGCAUGCAAUGGAACAGGAUUUUGACGAGAAGCAACUACGCAAAUUAAUUCGAAAAUUUGACGCGGACGGUUCGGGCAAAUUAGAAUUUGAUGAAUUUUGUGCACUCGUUUAUACAGUUGCAAAUACUGUCGAUAAAGAAACCCUUCAAAAAGAACUACGCGAAGCAUUUCGUUUAUUCGAUAAAGAGGGUAAUGGUUAUAUUUCACGUCCAACAUUAAAAGCACUAUUGAAAGAAAUCGCUGAUGAUUUAAGCGAUGAUCAACUCGAAGCGGCUGUCGAUGAAAUUGAUGAAGAUGGCUCGGGAAAAAUUGAAUUUGAAGAAUUUUGGGAACUGAUGGCAGGUGAAGCUGAUUGA